AUGGUGGUCCUUUCCAAAGAACAUGGGUAUGUGCUCCUCACAGGAGCAGCAAGCUUUGUUAUGGUCGCUCAUCUGGCUAUAAAGGUGUCCAUAGCUCGCAAGAAAUAUAAAGUAGAGUAUCCAAACAUGUACAGUGAUGACCCAGAAAAUGGCAAGAUCUUUAACUGCAUACAGCGGGCACAUCAAAAUACUUUGGAAUCAUACCCUGCCUUUUUAUUCUUCCUUGCUGCUGGAGGACUUACACACCCGGUAAGUGAUUAUUCUGUUAGCUCCUUACUUUGUUAUUCUUUGCUGUGCCUAACCUAUUUCAGGUUUGUUUUUUGCUGA